AUGGCUAGCAUACUCAAAACCGCGCAAGAUACGCUUGCGGAGGCUGCGCAAAAUGUCACUGGUGGCGCCGUGGGCAAUGAACACAAGUUCCCAGCUUUCGACGAUCUGCCCAAAGUCGAUGGAAUGCCACAAGGUUGCAUUUGGGGUUUUUACGAUAAGGAUGGAAAGAAGGACGAAGCUGGAGCUGUUAACCUUCUCACCCAAUCUGUCGUGCUAGCUGCUUCACGCGAGAUCACUACGGGCGAACGCAUCCAACUCGACUGGCCUCUCCACAAUGUCCAGUUUCCUGGCUUCAACCGCAAGGAAUUCCACCAAAAGAAAAUCAACUUCACCGAUUUCUCGGAAUUCAUUGCCAUGGACGAUGAAGUCUACAUCAAUACCCAGGCCGGAUCGCAAUGGGAUAGCUUGAAGCACUUCGCUCACCAAGCAACCCAGACUUACUACAAUGGUCUCACGCACGAAGAGGCUGGAAAGACGGAUACCAACGGAACGCACAACUGGUGCGAAAGAGGCGGCAUUGUUGGACGCGGUGUGCUAUGCGACUGGCUGAGAUGGUAUGAGGAGAAGAAUGGGAAAGCGCCAAGCCCGGUGUCGAGACACGAGAUUCCGGUUGAUGAGCUCGUUGAGACUUUGAAGUGGCAGGGAACUACCUUGAGACAGGGAGAUAUCCUCAUGAUCCGCAGUGGAUAUAGAGUUUUGGAGUGGGCAUGCUCAUCUAUGUUCAGUAAUGCCGGCGAAGUCGAGCGAAAGUCUGGUACGCGCGACAACAGCGCUGCCAUCGGCGUUCAGGCAAACGAAAAGACUGUCCGUUGGCUGUACGAUCAACACCUAGCUGGUCUCGUUGGCGAUACUGUUGCUUUCGAAGCAUGGCCGCCGAAAUUUACAGACGGCUGGUGCUUGCAUGAAUGGCUCUUGGUGCAUUGGGGUACACCGAUUGGCGAGAUGUGGGAUCUCGAGAAACUCAGUGAGAGAUGCCAGGCCAUGGGUCGGUAUACGUUCUUCAUGACGAGCGCGCCACUGCACGUCAAAGGUGGUAUUGGAAGUCCGCCUGGAGCUAUUGCCAUCUUCUAG